AGUCACCUCUCCUGCCGUACUGGUAGACACCAGUUUUCCACUUGGAAGUUUUUGGACAUUAACAGAAAUGUUCAUAGCAUCAUGGAUCUGGGGAACAGUGAUGUUACUCUGUUGUGGGUUUUGGUUUCUCCUAGGGAGGCGGAGGAGGCGAGAAGGCGAGCCACCACUUGAAAAUGGGUUCCUCCCAUACCUGGGCUGUGCCCUGCAGUUUGGUGCCAACCCUCUUGAGUUCCUCAGAGAAAAGCAGAAGAAGCAUGGCCACAUUUUCACUUGCCGAGUAGCAGGGAAAUACAUUCAUUUCCUCACUGACCCUUUCUCAUACCAUGCAUUGAUACGCCAGGGAAAACACUUGGACUGGAAAAAGUUCCAUUUUGCUACUUCUGCCAAGGCUUUUGGGCAUGGCAGCAUUGACCCAGCAGAGGGAAAAACCAAUGAAAACUUCCAUCAGACUUUCAUUAGAACCCUUCAAGGUAAUGCCCUAGAUGCCCUCGUUGAAGCAAUGAUGGAAAACCUACAGUACGUCAUGGUGCAGUCAAGAACAUCCAAACUUCAGUCUAACGCCUGGGUGACAGAAGGACUUUAUACGUUCUGUUGCCAGGUGAUGUUUGAGGCUGGCUUUUUAACACUUUUUGGUAAAGAAUUUAAUUCAAAUCACGACAAAAGUCUACCCUCAAAGCAGGAAACUGAGAGAGCUCAUAUCCUAAAUGCCCUUGAAAACUUCAAGGAAUUUGAUAGGAUCUUUCCAGCCCUCGUGGCGGGGCUGCCUAUCCACCUCUUCAAGAGUGCCCACAGCGCACGUGAGAAGCUGGGAGAGGCACUCCUCCACAAGAACCUCCAGAAAAGGGACAACCUCUCUGAGCUAGUCACCCUCCGCAUGUUCCUGAAUGACACUCUGUCAACCUUCGACGACAUGGAAAAAGCGAAGACCCACGUGGCGGUGCUCUGGGCCUCGCAAGCCAACACCAUUCCUGCCACGUUUUGGAGCUUGUUCUAUCUUCUUAAGAGUCCAGAAGCAAUGAGAGCUGCUACCAAAGAAGUGCAGAGUGUUUUGGAAAGUGCUGGAGAGAAGAUCAGCUUAGAUGGCAAACGUAUUUCCUUGAAGCGAAAACAGCUGGAUAAUAUGCCAGUUCUAGACAGCAUCAUCAAGGAGGCAAUGAGGCUGUCGAGCGCAUCCAUGACUUUCCGAGUUGCCAAGGAGGAUUUCACUUUGCACUUAGAGAACGAUUUUUACAACAUUCGCAGUGAUGAUAUCGUAGCUCUUUAUCCUCAGCUGCUGCAUCUUGAUCCCGAAAUCUAUGCUGAUCCCUUGACAUUCAAAUACGAUCGCUUUCUCAAUGAGAAUGGAGAAGAAAAGACUGACUUCUACCGCAACGGUCGCAAGCUGAAGUAUUACUAUAUGCCAUUUGGGACGGGCAUAGCAAAAUGUCCUGGCAGGUUAUUUGCUGUCCAUGAAAUUAAACAAUUUUUGACUUUGAUAUUUUCAUAUUUUGAGAUAGAGCUGGUAGACAAUAAUGUGCAAUGUCCUUCUUUAGAUCAGUCCCGGGCAGGACUGGGUGUUUUGCAACCAGUCAAUGACAUUGAUUUCAGGUAUAGGCUGAAAUGUCUAUAAAUACAUAUUUAAUAUUACACAUGUAAACUAUGUACUAUAUGAAUACACUAUGUAACAUAUAC